CCACGCCCACACCGGCACCCGCAUCCUCGACCUGCCAUCCACACCGCUUUCUCCAUCUCCAUCGCCAUCGCCAUCGCCAUCGCCAGCUGUUCCGCUGUCCCGUCCCGUCUCCUUUCGCGCUGCUGAACGAACAGCCGCUCACUCGCCAUAAUUAAUUCCAAUCUUGCACACGACGACUGAUGGCUCAACAAAUACCCUCACAGCCGCGCGCGUACUCACAAGCAUACGUUCCAAACGGUGCUCCCCAGCCUAGUGGCCCCGUCCCUGGAGCUCGACCGCUCGACCCAAAUCAGGGCCGCGUGCAGCAGGUUGGCCAUGCGCGUGUUUUGUGCAUAGCAGACGUGCGAGGCAACCUGCGCCAGCUCAAUGAGCUCGCACGAAGCGCCAAUGCCGACUACAUCAUCCACACGGGCGACUUCGGCUUCUACGAUGACACCUCGCUGGAGCGCAUUGCUGAAAAGACACUGAAACACGUUGCACAGUAUUCGCCUCUCCUCGACGAGCCUCUCAAGGCAGACAUUGCGCGCGCCGGUCCACAGCAGUCGAUAAAGGAGCGCUUCCAGCGCGAGCGACUCCCCCUCUCCGAACUUCCUCAGUUUCUAAACAAAACCUACCGACUCGAAGUGCCUGUGUUUACAGUAUGGGGCGCUUGCGAGGACGUGUCAGUAUUGGAGAAGCUGCGAUCGCAGGAAUACAAGAUCGAAAAUCUGCACGUUAUCGACGAAUCGCACUCUCGGCUUCUUGACGUGGGCGGAGUCAAGCUGCGUCUGCUUGGCCUGGGAGGAGCCGUGGUUAUGCAUAAGCUGUUCGACAACGGUGAAGGCCGAACGACGAUUGCUGGUGGACAGGGCACCAUGUGGACAACUCUCCUGCAAAUGGGCGAGCUCAUCGACACGGCCAAUCGCGUCUAUGAUCCCACAGAGACACGCCUGCUUGUCACCCAUGCAUCACCAGCUCGCGAGGGGCUCCUGAAUCAGCUAUCGGUCACGCUGAAAGCCGAUUUUUCCAUUUCAGCUGGUCUGCAUUUCCGUUAUGGUAGUUCGUACAACGAGUUCUCGGUCAACCCGUCCCUCGAUCAUUACCGAGGCAAGCUGUCAGCUUCAAGGGCAUCAUUCAACGACGUCUGGGAAACAGUCAAGCAUGAGGUCGAGCCCGCCGUAUUGGAAAAUGAUGCUCAGCAGAAGCUGCUGCAUUUUGCAUUGGAGCUGGUCAACAAGAUGCCGGCCGUGGCUAAUGGUGGCAAUCCCUUUGGAGGCGGCCCCGUCAAUGGUGCUGUAGACGAGUCAGCCUUCAAGAACAUGUGGAACUUCAAUCUGGCGGAUGCUGCCUUCGGCUGGCUCGUGCUCGACAUCGACCAAGGUCGUAUUGGCACUGAAAUGCGCGCACAAGGAUUCAACUUUUCUCACCGUUCGGCCAAGGGCCAGCAGCGGCCACAAGGUAUCCCUGCAGCUCCAGUGAAUGCUUCGAUGGGACCUACUGGUGGUAACUUUCCUCCUUCGGGACAACAGCCACCCCUUGGCGCCCACCAGCAGCAGCAAGCCAGACCACAACACCAAGGACAGCAGCACCCCCACCCUCAGCCACAAAACAAUCAUCAUUCACAGCAACGUAACCAUCCGGCUUCUGCGCCACAGACGACGCAAAAUACUCAGCCACCCAAGCCAGCCACUCCUCAGGCUCUGCCGACUGUUAACGGAACUGCCGCUGCCACGACCAACGCUCCGGCUAGCGACGCGCCUUUGACCAACGGCAACUCUGUCGCCGAGACGAAGCCGGAAACCCCAGUUCAGAAUAAACAGCCACUGCAAUCUCCACAACAGCAACAAGAACCUUCGAAGGGAAUCUUCAUACAGAAUGCCGCGAACCUCACUAGCGGUGAAGAGGUCAAGUCUCAACUGUUUGCACCCGAGGACGCGGAUAAGAUCAUCAGCGUUGACAAGGCUGGACCUCGCGGUUGGGUUGCCAACUUUGCAUCUAAUGAAAUCAUGCAAGAAGUGCUCAAGCACGGCCCGAGCAAGGAUGUCAGCGAGAAGAACAAGGGCAUCCGCUUCGCAGCGUACCGUCCGCGUGGUACAUUCGGAGGAGCUGGUGGUUGGGGAAGCUCUCGAGGUGGCCUAAAUCAGCGUGGCGGAGGCGAGGGCAGAGCGGGCUACCAGUCUGCUGGCGGUGCCACAACUGGUAGCGACAGUGAAUCAGGCCGCGCUCGAGGAGGCAGAGGGCGAGGGGGAGGCUUCAGUCGUGGCCGCGCUCGCGGACGAGGCAAGGCUGAUGGUGCACCGACCGCCGCGGAGUCGUGACGGGCGGACACUGGCGCAGCUUCUGCUCUUUCAGCAUCGCGGGCUUGAACGAAGCUCGCAUGAGCUCAGUUGUUGUACGAGAUGGAAGGACUUGACUUUGGGCACUCCGGUGCAUGCAAGCGAUUGCUGUUUGAUAUACCAGCCUACUGCAUUCUAGCGGGCAAGCGAAGGGAAGGAUGCUGUUUGUAAUUGUAAGUAAAGCAAGUAGGACGGUAGCCGUAGAUCCAGGGUGACGGAAGGCUGGCAUUACCGCAUGAGCAGACGACGUUACCUGAUCUAC